GAUAGAAUUGGUUCGUUUUUGUUAUCUUGCUAGUGGGAUUAUACACUAGUAGAUCAUGUGCCUACCAGUGGGAGGUUUAUAACACUGGCCAUGACCUAUAGAGGAGACGUCUAUUUCGUUUCCGUACUCAUACUUGUUUUUCGUGAUUAUACUGGAAGUGAAGUCAAGGAUGAGAAAACCACGGGAAGUGACGAGUUAGAAGGCUAGCCAUUUCGAGAUUGACAUGGAUUUUAGAAAUAAAUCAUGCUUUUGUAAGAUAGAUUUUACCUUGAGAUUUUGAGCUUAAGUGUUGGACAUAGAAUUAAUUUGAAAUAUAUUAUUUAAGUUAUUGGAUUGUCAUAUGUGAAUUGGAUUAGUUCCGAGCCUUGUGCAUUUGUGAGACCCUUUUACGAAUGCACGAUGUCUGCCACGUUCUCAGAUUUGGGUUCUGGGGCGUGACAAGUACUAAAUUAAAUUCUUGCUA